AUGGCGACUGUAAUGCAGAAAAUCAAAGACAUCGAAGAUGAGAUGGCGAGGACUCAAAAAAACAAGGCCACAGCACAUCAUCUCGGCUUGCUUAAGGCAAAACUUGCAAAGCUACGAAGGGAACUUCUUGAGCCAUCGACGAAAGGAGGUGGUGGUGCUGGUGGUCAAGGUUUUGAUGUCACUAAAAGUGGAGAUGCUAGAGUUGGUUUAGUGGGUUUUCCUUCUGUUGGGAAAUCCACUCUUCUAAAUAAAUUAACAGGGACAUUCUCAGAGUUUAGUGUUAACUAUUACAUCAAGGCACCAAUGGUGCCACCUCAUUACCUUAAAUGCCUCCAGAAAAGACGAUUUCCUAAGGUUGCUUCCUAUGAGUUUACCACCUUGACUUGUAUCCCUGGAGUGAUUGUUUAUAGAGGAGCUAAAAUUCAGUUGUUGGAUCUCCCUGGUAUUAUCGAGGGUGCCAAGGAUGGAAAAGGUCGAGGAAGGCAGGUGAUCAGUACUGCUAGGACAUGCAACUGUAUCUUAAUUGUUCUUGAUGCAAUAAAGCCAAUAACUCACAAGCGUCUGAUAGAGAAAGAGCUUGAAGGAUUUGGCAUAAGGUUAAAUAAGGAACCACCUAAUCUGACAUUCAGAAAGAAAGAUAAGGGUGGAAUUAAUUUUACAUCAACAGUUGCCAACACUCACCUUGAUCUUGAUACUGUGAAAGCAAUAUGCAGUGAAUACAGAAUUCACAAUGCUGAUAUUACUCUGAGGUAUGAUGCAAGUGCUGAUGACCUCAUAGAUGUCAUCGAGGGCAGUAGAAUAUACAUGCCCUGCAUCUAUGUGGUGAACAAAAUCGAUCAGAUUACUCUUGAGGAGCUGGAGAUUUUAGACAAACUUCCUCACUACUGCCCAGUCAGUGCUCACCUGGAAUGGAACCUUGAUGGUUUGCUGGAGAAAGUGUGGGAGUAUCUAGAUUUAACUCGCAUAUAUACAAAGCCAAAAGGGAUGAAUCCAGACUAUGAAGAUCCUGUGAUAUUGUCAUCAAAGAAGCGGACAGUUGAGGACUUCUGCGAACGAAUUCACAAGGACAUGUUGAAACAAUUUAAGUAUGCUCUGGAACACGAACUUGAGGAUGAAGAUGUUGUGCAAAUCAUAAAAAAGGGCUUUUGUGGUGUGUCUGGUGACUUGUUAGUUCAUAAUGGGGUUGUAUGCUAUAAUCUGGAGAAAUUUUGA